UCCAUCUUCUCUUCCCUUUUCUAUUUCAUCUCUUAACAUGAACGCGAUCGGAACAUAACCCAAAAUUGGAACAGAAAAAGAAAUUUAACAAUAAAUAAGACCAUAAUUUAUUUCAUUAAUUGAUUUUUAGUAAUGGGUGACGCCUUCUGCUCGGACUGCAAGCGGCAGACGGAGGUAGUGUUCGACCACUCGGCGGGGGACACGGUGUGUUCAGAGUGCGGUUUGGUGCUUGAAUCGCACUCGAUUGAUGAGACAUCGGAGUGGAGAACUUUUGCUAAUGAAUCCGGUGAUAAUGAUCCUGUUCGUGUAGGUGGUCCCACCAAUCCUCUUCUGGCGGAUGGUGGUCUCUCAACCGUUAUAGCUAAGCCUAAUGGUGCCUCCGGAGAGUUCCUUUCGUCUUCCUUAGGUCGUUGGCAAAAUAGAGGCUCUAAUCCGGAUCGAGGGUUGAUAUUGGCGUUUAAAACUAUUGCUACCAUGUCUGACAGGUUGGGCCUUGUUGCAACUAUAAAGGAUCGGGCUAACGAGAUCUACAAAAAGGUGGAAGAUCAAAAGUCCAGUAGAGGAAGAAAUCAGGAUGCCUUAUUGGCUGCUUGCCUCUACAUUGCUUGUCGACAAGAAGACAAGCCACGAACUGUAAAGGAAAUUUGCUCUGUCGCCAAUGGAGCCACAAAGAAGGAAAUUGGCCGAGCAAAAGAAUACAUAGUGAAACAACUGGGAUUGGAGACAGGUCAGUCAGUGGAGAUGGGAACAAUACAUGCUGGGGAUUUUAUGAGGCGUUUUUGUUCAAAUCUUGGUAUGAAUAAUCAAGCAAUGAAAGCUGCCCAAGAAGCUGUGCAAAAAUCUGAAGAGUUCGAUAUAAGGAGAAGUCCUAUAUCAAUCGCAGCAGCAGUCAUUUAUAUCAUUUCUCAGCUUUCAGAUGAUAAGAAGCCUCUCCGAGAAAUUUCACAGGCUACUGGAGUUGCAGAAGGGACAAUUAGAAAUUCCUACAAGGACCUCUAUCCCCAUGUUUCGAAGAUAAUACCAGGCUGGUAUGCCAAAGAAGAGGAUCUCAAGAAUCUUUGCAGCCCUUAAAUUAUAGAGAAAGACAAUAAAGGGAAUACCGACACGGACACAUUUGAAAUGGUUUGGAGCCUUCCAUCUUGAAUUGUAUUGGUAACUGCAGAGACAAAAAGAAGAAAAAAAAAAGGAAAAUUUGUGCAAGGCCCUUUAUUUUCAUUUUCUUUCGGCAUUCAAUUACACUGCUACCUUUAGUUACGAGGGAGGAAAGCAAAAAUAUUUUCAGCCAUUCAAUUCUAACUGGCGCUUAACAACGCAGCAGCUACAUUUUCACGUUUGAGUGGAUAUUGAUGUGUAUUAUGCAAGUUGCCAAAUCUCACUUUUUAAACAUUUCAAUUUACAAACUUUUUUGUUUUAUGAAAUUUUUUAUAUCUAUCUUAUGCAAUUUUGCUUUUGUCAGAUUAAUGUUAUCAUUGUUGUUAACUGAAGAUUGAGAUUCUGGUACUGCUGUAUAAUAAGCUGCACAUUUCUUUUUA